UGCAGGAGGAGGGCAAGCUGCACAUGAUGAAGGAGAAGUGGUGGAGGGGGAACGGCUGUCCGGAGGAGGAGAGUAAGGAGGCCAGCGCUCUCGGCGUGCAGAACAUCGGCGGCAUCUUCAUCGUCCUCGCCGCCGGCCUGGUGCUGUCUGUGUUCGUGGCCGUCGGCGAGGUGCUGUACAAAUCCAAACAGAACGCGCAGAUCGAGAAGCGCUCGUUCUGCAGCGCGAUGCUGGAGGAGCUCAGGGUGUCUCUGAAGUGCCAGCGGCGGCGGAAACAGAAGCCCCCUCACCCGCAAGCCAUCGUCAAAACAGAGGAGGUGAUUAACAUGCAUACCUUUAACGACAGGAGGCUCCCGGGGAAAGAGACCAUGACCUGACGCCUCUCGUCCAAACGACGGACACGAAGAUGUUUCCUGUGGAAACCCGGAUUCGUGAGCGAUUCAGAACCGCAUCCCUCACAGAUCAGCAAUCACUUGUGUUCUCAUUUUACCUUGCUUUUCUCCGUUUUCUCUGCGAAGCUAGCUCAGUGUUUUAAACCCAUCGCUUUUACUCAUAUGCUGCCUUUAUUGCUGCCUUCACGAGCGCCUGAUAAACACACUUUCCCCAUAUUCUUCAAUAAAGAGUCCAUAAGUCGUGACCCAAACCGACCCGCUCCAUAUGAAUCACAUUACAAACUCUGAUAUGAAAAUGCAUUUGUAAUUAAGGCGAAAAAAAACUAGAUUUAACGUCUUUUAAUGAGCUUUUCGUCCCAUCUUCUCAAUACGAUGUAUAACUAAUUACGUUUAUUAAGAAGUCAUGUCUCGGUUUACAAUUUCUGAACAUUCUGGGAACAUUAGUCUAAUCUAAUAAUAGCCAUUAGAAAAUGUUCUGUAUUCGUUUAUUAAACAAAAACCUAAAUAUAGGGCCCUGAUGAAUAUUAAA